GCAGUUACAAUCGAACCGUAGGCAAGGCCCGUCGUUCGCUCCCCCCGACCACUUCCAACUCUCAAACACUCGAUAACUUAUCAACAAAUAAUUGCAUGAAGUCAUCGAUUAAAUUAAGUGUCGCGGAACGCUCCUUACGUUUCCAACAAUACAAAAGUGGAACUAAAUAGGUUGAGGCAAAUGCUCCGGCGUCGAGGAUUAACAGUAAAGUUGCGAAGUCGUUCGUAUGCUCGAGUUUGACAGUGAACUUCGUGCCAACAAGUGUCCGUGAAAAAGUUUUAGUGCGUGCCGAUUGGCUGAUUUUGUUUUGAUUUUUGUUCAUGUGAUCAGGAUGAACGGGACACCAGCUAGAAGGCCGAAAAGCGCCUUUUCUGAAAUGGGCGUGAGGAUAAAAGAGGUAUCGGAGGGUCGCCCCUGCGACAACUGUCCCGAGCUGUGCCCCGGCUUUGUGUCGCACUCCUGGAGGAAGACCUGCAAGUCAUGCGGCUGCGACCGGCUCCAGCACUCCGUGUACCACGAGGAGCUGGGCUCCGUACGCGACCGGCUGGGCCUGCGCGAGACCCGGGGACACAUCGCCUACGACAACAGCCCGCCCGGACUCACUGCCAAGCAGACCGAACUAUAUUGGGCUGCCUUGGCCGAGCGGGCGCCUAACGUAGGUGGCGCCACUGGGCCGGCCGCUUGGCGCGCUUGGAGGACCAGAGCCUUGGCCUACCAGUUGCCCAGGCAGGAUCUGUCUCUGACGCAGUGCAAUAACAUAGAUGAGCCUCAUAGGAAACAGUUUGAGGACUUCGUAGCCGCCCGUAAUGAGAUUGCGUUAGAUAUCGGAAAUGCCUGUCAACAUCAUGGUCCGUCCGUGGAGUGUAUAGGAUGCAAUAAAGCUAUUCGUAAUGGAAACAUUGCUAUUCAGGCUCCAAGAAUUAGUGAAGAGGCAUUCUAUCACCCAGCGUGCUUUACAUGCUCCGAAUGCGACGAACUCCUGGUGGAGCUUUCUUACUGUGCCUUGGAUGGACACCUGUACUGUGUCCGACACUAUGGAGAGAGGUUGAAGCCGAGGUGCCACUCCUGUGAUGAGCUUAUUUUCAGCGGCGAAUACACCAAGGCAAUGAACAAGGACUGGCACAGCGGUCACUUCUGCUGCUGGCAGUGUGACGAGUCCCUCACCGGCCAACGCUAUGUCCUGAGGGAUGAGCAUCCUUUCUGCAUCAAGUGCUACGAGAGCGUCUUCGCCAAUGGCUGCGAAGAAUGUAACAAGAUCAUCGGUAUUGACUCUAAGGAUCUGUCAUACAAGGACAAGCACUGGCACGAGGCAUGCUUCCUGUGCGCCAAGUGUCGCGUGUCGCUGGUGGACAAGCAGUUCGGCUCCAAGCUCGACAAGAUCUACUGCGGCAACUGCUACGACGCGCAGUUCGCCAGCCGCUGCGACGGCUGCGGCGAGGUCUUCCGCGCCGGAACCAAGAAGAUGGAGUACAAAACGCGCCAGUGGCACGAGAAGUGCUUCUGCUGCGUGGUGUGCAAGAACCCGAUCGGCACCAAGAGCUUCAUCCCGCGCGAGCAGGAGAUCUACUGCGCCGGCUGCUAUGAGGACAAGUUUGCCACGCGCUGCGUCAAGUGUAACAAGAUAAUAACGCAAGGCGGCGUGACGUACAAGAACGAGCCGUGGCACCGCGAGUGCUUCACCUGCACGCACUGCAACUCGUCGCUGGCGGGCCAGCGCUUCACCUCGCGCGACGACAAGGCGUACUGCGCGGAGUGCUACGGGGAGCUGUUCGCGAAGCGCUGCACGUCCUGCACCAAGCCCAUCACUGGCAUCGGCGGCACCCGCUUCAUCUCGUUCGAGGACCGGCACUGGCACAACGACUGCUUCAUCUGCGCGCACUGCAAGAACUCGCUGGUGGGCAAGGGCUUCAUCGUGGUGGAGCAGGACAUCGUGUGCCCCGACUGCGCCAAGGAGCAGCUCAUGUAAAUCCCUUCGCCGCUCUCUUCCACGUACCAACUCCCUUUUGGCAUAUUUGAUAGCUCCUUGUCGAAAUACUUUAGGCACAUCUUUCAGAUUAUUUAUCAUUGUGUUGAUAGUUCCUUAUAUAACAUGAUUUGUUUAUAUCAUUUCUAUAAACUCCCUUCUGAUCUGAUAAAUUCGACGCAAACUUCUAACAUCUUUCAGAUUAUUUAUUGAAUAUCAUGUAUGAAAUUGUGGUAAAACUUCCUUAUAUAUUCCUUCCAUAAUCCAAUAAACCAAACAUAUGCUUUUUGCCACCUAUAUUGAAGAAAUUUGGUAUAUAUUUAACCAAUUAUAGACGUUAUUCAGAAAGAAACAUGCCAGCUUCUUUCUGAAUAAGGUCGUAUACUGUAUAUUUUUCGUCAUAGUAUGAUAAUAGUUUAUCGAUUAUUUCGUAUGACUUCGACUUCUAUUAAUUUAAAAAGAUGUGUUAAUUACUGUUAAUUUAAAAAAGUCACUCAUAUCACUUGAAAUAUGAAAUUAAAAUAGUAUACGGUUGAAUUGGGAAACCUCUUCCUUUUUUUGAAAUCGGUUAAAAAUAGUGCCACAAGGGAUUUUGUAUCUGUAAAAGAGAAUACCUCGCUCCCGCUCUAACGCACACCAUUCUCUCGUCACGUCUCUGUCGCACUAAUCGUAUGACUUCGCAGACAGCAUGAUGUCACCCAAAAUCUUCAACACACAUAUCAACUUUCGAGCGACAAUAAAUUUUUGUUUAAUUCCCUUUUGAAAUAGUAAUUAAAGUUAUUAUUAUAUCAAGAAAUUCUAAAAAAAAGAAAGAAAGAUUUAUAAACUAGGUAUGAUUAAAUAUUAUUUUCCCUGCAACCUGCAAAUUAAGCGUAUUAUAUUCGUACACAAAAAUAAAAAUUGUCUUGUAAAUACAGGUCCACGAUUGAUAUUAUCAAAGAUAAAAAAAAAUAUUCUAACUUAUGUACUUUACUAAAAUUAUUUUUCUUCGCCAUCGAAAUUGGAUAUGUGUGUGUGGAGUAACGUAAACACACCUCCGAUUAAUUUCAAUCGUAGUCGAAUCGAAAUUUUUUCAAAGUUCACCUAAUCGGAUAACUUUUCGACCGCUUCCACGCUAACGGUGUGUUAAAUAUAUAAAAAAAACAGUGACUAAAAUGUGUUUUUGUCUGUUUGCACUCGUAUAGCGACAGUGUACUGCCGAUAGUCGCAAACGCGAGAGAUUGGUGCGUGUUCAAAACAAAGGAUAUGCCAAGCGACCAACUUAGCGACCUUGCCGACAAAUUUACUCGCACUAAGGUCAAACCGUAGUCUGUUACUCAAGUUGUUGACGAUAUUUUUUUAUACAAAAACGAGAAAAAUCACAAAAAAAAUACAUAUUAUAAGUAUAUAAAUUAAAAUGUGAAUGCACAAAUAUUUAAUUUCGCUUUUCUACUCGUUAAAAUUAUUUAAGGUGUUUAUAUAUUUUGUUUUUAUACUAUCGUUGCUAAUCUCAGUCGUGUCGGUACCAUGAUGUGUAACUGUAAUGUAUAUGUAUAAAUAACAGUAUUUUACGCUCGUAUUGCCAUAUAUUUUCGCUUUGGCUGUUGUAUUAGUCCUUUAGGUAUGACUUACUCGUGUAUUUGUCAAUUUACCUAGUGCAAUUCACAUGAUGCCUUAAUAACAUAUCUAAGUCAAUUUCGAAUAUAUUUUGUUGCGUUGUAAUGUGACGAUUUAUUGUAUUUGAAGACAUUCAACGCUAACGAACGACUGGAGUCGAGUGUAGCCAGUCGGUAUAAAGUAUUUAAUUAUAUUAUUAUUGUGUAAGUGCUUGUCAUCGUUUAAACUGCGUAACAUUAAGUAUUAAGUGUAAUUUUAUCGACGAAGUAAAUGUAUGUUUAUAUUAUUUAAGUAUUUAUUUGCGAGUGUGCACUCGUGAGAUAUGCAGGUCCAGUGUUGCCAUACGCCAGUGGCCGGAAGCUUCCUAACACUAAAUGUUUAAGUGACGUCAGUCAUGUAGGUUUUACUAAUAAAUGGAUAAAUAAUAAAGUAUUUUCGCCCUCCAAAAUGAGGACCGUUCGUUAUAUUAAUGUAAUUGAAUGUUAUAUAUCUAUUUUUAAAUAAUGAUACUAUUUUUUUAGCGUUAGACUUGUACUAUAGGAGUAACAUCCGUGUUUUGAGCUCGCAGUCAGCGGAACGACCACUCAUUUGUAAGGGGAACACUUUGUAAGGGUAUUUAUUAAGGGUUUAAAUUAUUGAAAUGUUAAAAGAUUAAUUUAUAAUAAUAUACAUUUUUAAAUUGCUUAGCUGUGUGAUCUGAUCUAAUAAAACUUGUAUCUACCCAUAGUUAGAUUGUAUAAUACUAUGAAAAACUGAAUUAAAUGAUCAAAAGUAACUUUA